AUGAAUCCAGUAAAUGAGAGCAUCCCAUUGGAGUUCAUCCUCUUAGGCUUCUCAGAUCGACCGUGGCUGGAGUUUCCACUCUAUGUGGUCUUCUUCAUUUCUUACAUGGUGACUAUCUUUGGGAAUCUGACCAUUAUUCUAGUGUCACGCCUGGACCCCAGACUCCAUACGCCCAUGUAUUUCUUUCUUACCAAUCUGUCACUCCUAGAUCUUUGCUACACCACAAGUACAGUUCCACAAAUGCUGGUAAAUUUAUACAGCACCAGGAAGGUGAUUAGUUACGGUGGCUGUGUGGCCCAGCUGUUCAUGUUUCUGGCUUUGGGGGCCACUGAAUGUGUCCUGCUGGCCGUCAUGUCCUUUGAUAGGUUUGUAGCUAUUUGUCGGCCUCUCCAUUACUCAGUUAUCAUGCACCAAAGGCUCUGCCUCCAGUUGGCAGCUGCAUCCUGGAUUAGUGGUUUCAGCAACUCAGUGUGGUUGUCUACCCUGACUGUCCAGCUGCCACUCUGUGGCCCCUAUGUACUAGAUCACUUUCUCUGUGAAGUCCCCACACUGCUCAAAUUGUCCUGUGUUGACACAACAGCAAAUGAGGCUGAACUAUUCUUUGUAAGUGUGCUAUUCCAUCUGGUACCCUUGACACUUAUUUUUAUAUCAUAUGCUUCUAUUGCCCAAGCAGUGCUGAGAAUCCAAUCUGCUGAAGGUAGACAAAAAGCAUUUGGAACAUGUGGCUCCCAUCUAAUUGUGGUGUCACUCUUUUAUGGUACAGCUAUCUCCAUGUACCUGCACCCACCUUCACCCAGAUCCAAGGAUCAGGGAAAGAUGGUUUCCCUCUUUUAUGGAAUCAUUGCACCCAUGCUGAACCCUCUGAUAUAUACACUUAGGAACAAAGAUGUAAAGGAGGCGUUUAAAAGGUUAGUUGCAAGAGUUUUCUCAAUCAAGAAAUAA